CUCGAUGACUCCUAACCGUAGCAUUUCAUCGACUUCUGCGAAUAGCAGUUGUUGUUUCGCCGGAGACACGGGAAAGAAUCUCUCCUUGACGGGUACAGCUCCUUCAACUAACUGGAUCGAGUGUUCUUCUACUUUGGUAAGUCCUAAUCCUUGACUUUCGUAGGUCAGAAAACGUCCUUUUGCUUCUUCCAGUUGCUCAGUCUGCUCGGGGGAUAGGAUAUGUACUUCUAUCGGUUCUCCUUUGGCCAUAAAUUCGGAUUCCCCCUGGUGUAAGGAUUCUACGCCCACCACCUCUGGUGCCAAUUCGAAUUUUCUCCAGAAAUCUAUGCCCAGGCAACCUUCCCCAAGCAAGCUUACUGAUGCCCCGGAAUCCAAGAGACCCACGACCUCUAGGUCUUCGAUCUUCACCUGUGCGAAUGGUCUGUUGUCGCCUUCCACCGCAGCUCUGAUGGCCGAACAAAUCAUCCUUCUUUCUGCCUUCCGCUGCUGACUUCUCCUACGGGCUCUGGCAAUUUUUGGCGAAAUGUUCCGGUCCGGAUCAUUUUUCCCAAAUAUUCGGUUCCUGACCUCUUGGCAUGCAAUUUGACGAGGCUUUCACUUGUUCAUGGCAAACGGAUUGGAGCGUGGUUCCUCGUUCUUGCCCAAGCUCCUCACGCCGUUUCCCGUCUGGCAUCGAGUACAUCUUGGAGUCCUCACACCGGGUAGUCCACACUUGAAACAGAACACCUUCAACACCUCCGAUUCACACGCGUUGAAUGGGUGUCCCACGGUUCCACAAUUCCAGCAUGUACACUCUCUUCUCCGACUGAUUCCGGACACAGCUCAUCGAUCCUCGGACGAUCUUUAUACCCUCGGUGAGUUUCGAGGUUGCUGGGAUGUCGGGUCCACCGAGUCGCCAAUAUCCUCUCCGCGUCGUGGCAUUCAUGUCGGAGUUGAUCCAUAUUAGUGAUGUAUAUCGGGUAUAUAAUUCUCGAAAUCUGAUCCCUAAUGUUCAUUUUUAUUACUUUUAUCAGGUCAAAGUCGGAAAACGGCAUCUCUAGUCGAGAUCUGAGCGCUAGCAUGGUCUGGAUAUACACCUCGAUGGUUUCUCCCGGCUUCUGCUUCCG